AAAAUAUCAAAAUUAACCUUCACUCUUUAGUUUUCUCUCUCAGAGCCAAAACCCUCCUUGCAACACCAAGGAGCAGAGAUCAAACGUUCAAGUCUGAAAUCAUAAAAAAGGUUUUGAAGUGAAAUGGCUUUGAGAGGUGUAUGGCAACUUCAAAAGCUGAUUUUGCUAGGUCACAGAAAUUUUUACAAGCAAAAUUUGGUGGAGUUAAGGAUGAUGUGCAUGAAGAAGAUGAGGAAGUACAAGAAUAUCUAUGGAGUGGGGAAAAAAAAAAAAAAGAAUAUUAUCAUGCUGAUAAUGAGUGAUGACGAGGGACCUUUGCUUUGAGAGAGGAGGAAGAGGCUUUGAAAUUUCAGAGGCAAAAAGAAAAAUCUUAAUCAAAUGAAAACUUUGGCCUUGAUGAUAAUAAUGAAGAUGGGAGUGAUGCGGGUGAUAGUGAAUUAACUCUAGAGUUCUACUCCAAAAUUAGUUGGCUUGCUGUUGGAGCUGAAUGAUGCAAUCGAACAACUUGAAAGAAAAAUGGAUCCACUACUAAGCAUGAGUGAUCAAGUUGGUGUGCAAAGCUUGGAAAUUUCAAAAGUAAGAGCUGUUCUUGAAGAAAGAUUGAAACAAGAGGGAAUUCUUAGUUCCAGAGCUCCAAAGCCUGAUAAAGCCAAGAAACUUCUGAAGCCAGUUAAUGGUCCACUCGUGACGUAUGAUGAUUUUGAUGAUGAUGCUAUUGAUGUGGGGGCUACUAGAUUCAGUAAUGGUCAUGCAAGUUCAUUGAACACAAGUAAUCUUUCCCAAUUUUUUUCUGCUAAACCAAAUAAGCCCAAGGUGGUUUCUGGUGAUGAUGAUUUACCUAAAAGGGUAGAUAUUGGAGAAAGGCAGAGAAAGCAUGAGCUUCAAGUAUUGGCUGGAGCUGGAGUCAAAUCUGAGGAUGAUGGGGAUGAAGUUGACAAUUUUGAGGUUGAUGGGGAUGCUGACAUGGGGGAUGGCGAUACAGGAGAUUCAGAAGAUGAACAUUACAAACCAGUUGAACAACGGCGAGCUGCAAAACUUGCUGCCAAAGCUGAAAAUGUAUUCAAGGACCUCAGCAGUAGUCCCAUCUUCUCCUGAACCAAUUGAUGGAAAACGCCAUAUCACUUACCAGAUGGAGAAGAACAGUGGGCUGACUCGGAAGCACAAGAAGAAAACCAAAAAUUGUAGGAAGUACAAGGUAUUAUGACAAUACUGUUUGCUUGAAUGUAACAAAUCACUUUAUUUUCGUAUUUAGUAUCUCUCUCUCUCUCUCUCUCUCUUCUCAAAAUGUGCAGGAACAACACAAGAAAAAGUGAAUCAUUGGAAAGGGUAGAGGUGCUGGAGAUCAAGAAACAUAUUGGGCCUUAGAGCACUUGCACUAGUUAUACUAUUCCAAAUGCCAUUUUAACACAUUGAAACGUACUUUUUCCAUACAUCAGAUCCUCUCUUUCAACACAUUAAAAUGAUAUAUAUAACACAUUAAAAUAAUCUAAAUAAACUCCUACAAUAAAUAUAUAUAUAUAUAUAUAUAUAUUUUUUAAAUCACAAAUUCAUAUAUCACUCAGUCCACCACAACCUUUCGUCAGCAACCACCACCCAAAAUCAACCAACCAAAAUCAACCCAAUACCAUCAAAAUCAACCCACCAAAAUUAGCCCACUGCUACCACCAAAAAACAAACCAAAAAAUAUGCUGCCACAUCCACCGCAAGAGAGAUCAGAGGCAUGGUGGGGUUGGCUUGGCUUGGUGAGAUCGCGACAGGCAGUGAGCUACUUGGUGAGAGGCAGCUUGGCUAGAUUGUGGCAGGCAAAGAUCGGCUUCAUGAGAUCUCCCGUGAGUCAAGAGCGGCUUGGCGAGCUCACCAACAGGCGAGGGUCAACAAGGCUGAGAGUGAGAUCAUGAGAGAGGAAGAGAGUGAGAGAGGCUGAGAGGCAAACGUGAGAGAGAUAUAUGUGAGAGAGAGAGAAGUGAUAUGUAGGGAGAGAAGGAAGAGACGGGGUGAGAGAAAGCUAAGUCUGAGACAGAGAGAAGAAAGAGGAGAAGAAGAGAGAUGAGAGAGGAAUUGAAUAAAAAAAUUAGUUUAUCUUUUUGCAUUUGUCCAUACCGUUCCAAAUUUUGAACAUAUUGUUCAUCCAUGUCUAAAAUUUUAGGCAUUUAGAGCAUCUCAUGUGAGUGAUGUUUUGGUGUUUGGUGUCUCAAAUACCAAAUAUUUAGGCACACCUAAUGCAAGCGCUCAGGAGAGGCCUCUGAUAUUAAUGUAGCAGCCAGUCGGAGUGUUGGAUUCAAGAACUAGACAUUGUUUCUUGGUUUUGAGUUCUACCUUUUCAAUUGUAUAGUGCUCGUUGGAUCA